GUGACGACACCGAUGAAACCUUUUGGGAGGGGCCUGGGUCGAGCAGCUCCAAAGGCCGAAAUUUCACAUCAGAAACAAAACAGCAGCUGCUCGGGAAGGAACCUUGGCUGCGAGAGGAUAGUGGUGGCGGCGAGGCAAAGACCUAAUCUGGGAGCCUGCAAGUGACAGCAGCCUGCGAGGUCCGUAGAAAGCUUGGCCUGGACGAGAACACAUGAAAGAAAGAACCCCAAGAGGCUUUGUUUUCUGUGAAAAAGUAUUUCUAUACAGUUGCUCCAAUGACAGAGUUACCUGCACCCUUGUCCUACUUCCAGAAUGCACAGAUGUCCGAGGACAACCACCUGAGCAACACUGUACGUAGCCAGAGUGACAGUAGAGAGCGGCACGAGCAUGGCAGCGAGAGGCGGAGGCGCGGCAACUCCGAGUCGUUAUCCAAUGGCCGAGCCCAGGGGAACUCCCAGCAGGUGGUGGAACAAGACGAAGAGGAAGAUGAGGAGCUGACCCUGAAAUAUGGCGCCAAACACGUGAUCAUGCUGUUUGUCCCUGUGACUCUCUGUAUGGUGGUGGUUGUGGCUACUAUCAAAUCAGUCAGCUUUUAUACCCGGAAGGACGGGCAGCUAAUCUAUACUCCAUUCACAGAAGACACCGAGACUGUGGGGCAGAGAGCCCUGCACUCGAUCCUGAAUGCUGCCAUCAUGAUCAGCGUCAUCGUCGUCAUGACUAUUCUCCUGGUGGUUCUGUAUAAAUACAGGUGCUAUAAGGUCAUCCAUGCCUGGCUUAUUAUUUCAUCCCUAUUGUUGCUGUUCUUUUUCUCAUUCAUUUACUUAGGGGAAGUGUUUAAAACCUAUAACGUUGCCAUGGACUACAUUACGGUUGCACUCCUGAUCUGGAAUUUUGGUGUGGUGGGAAUGAUUGCCAUUCACUGGAAAGGUCCACUGCGACUCCAGCAGGCUUAUCUCAUUAUGAUCAGUGCCCUCAUGGCCCUGGUAUUUAUCAAGUACCUCCCAGAAUGGACUGCGUGGCUCAUCUUGGCUGUGAUUUCAGUAUAUGAUUUAGUGGCUGUUCUGUGUCCAAAAGGCCCACUUCGUAUGCUGGUUGAAACUGCUCAGGAGAGAAAUGAAACUCUCUUUCCAGCUCUUAUUUAUUCCUCAACAAUGGUAUGGUUGGUGAAUAUGGCAGAAGGAGACCCAGAAGCCCAAAGGAAGGUAUCCAAAAACACCAGUUACAAUGCACAAAGCACAGAAAGUGAGUCCCAAGACCCUGUGACAGAGAGUGAUGACGGUGGCUUCAGUGAAGAGUGGGAAGCCCAGAGGGACAGUCGCCUAGGGCCUCAUCGCUCUACACCGGAGUCUCGGUCUGCUGUGCAGGAACUUUCCAGCAGCAUCCUAGCCAGUGAGGACCCAGAGGAAAGGGGAGUAAAACUUGGAUUAGGAGAUUUCAUUUUCUACAGUGUUCUGGUUGGUAAAGCUUCUGCAACAGCCAGUGGGGACUGGAACACAACUAUAGCCUGUUUUGUAGCCAUAUUAAUUGGUUUGUGCCUUACCUUACUGCUCCUCGCCAUUUUCAAGAAAGCAUUGCCAGCUCUUCCAAUCUCUAUCACCUUUGGGCUUGUUUUCUACUUUGCCACAGAUUAUCUCGUGCAGCCCUUUAUGGACCAGUUAGCAUUCCAUCAAUUUUAUAUCUAGCAUAUUUUCAGUUAGAAUCUCAUGGAUUUUUCUCCUUUAACUAUAAUAAAAUCGGGGGAAGACAAAGGUGAUUUUCCUGUGUCCACAUCUAACAAAGUCAAGAUUCCCAGCUGGACUUUUUACAGCUUCCUUCCAAGUCUUCCUGACCACCUGCACUCUUGGGCAUUGGAAGGAGAUGUCUACAGAAAAUGAUUUUGAACAUAGGUCCUUGUGACUGAGUCCCUCAGUGCAAAAACUACCAGAUUUGAGGGACAAGGACAAGGAAAAGUGACGGGCCAACAAGUGGCUGUGCUGCUACCAGCAGUUUGACCCACAGUCGCAGGUGGACUUUACCAACACUGCAGACUCUCAGGACUACCAUUACCAGGAGUUAAAUGAAAUGAUUUAAACCAAACAAGACUCUUCAUCUUAAACUACAUGUUGAAAGCCAACCUAAUAAAUCUGUAUUGAAUUCUGAACCUUUUCAGGAGAUACUGUGAGGAGAGCAGGCACCAGCCUCAAAAUGAAAAGAUGGAAAGGGGCUCAAACUUUCAGACUUUUUUGCUGCAGACUUACCAUUUUUAAAUAAGACUUUUUUCACCUUGAGUCGAGUCAGAUGUGUAGGCUGAUUUUGACAGUUUUUUUCUCAAGCACUGAAACUCAUACCAUCUAUGGUUGCCAUUUCUUCCCAAGGCCAGUCUGAAGUUAUUUGAGGUUGUUUUAUCUUAAAAGCCUAACCUCAGGUUCCAAAUUCAGUACUUUCUAGAAAUAAUGGAACUGUAACUCGACGGUUCCUUAUCACCCUUUUCCACGGGAUUCAUAACUUUUCUCCGUGCUCGCAGGUUCCCUUGCCCCAAGCCCCCUCCCUUGUUCCCUGUCUCCCUUCACUCCCCUCAUAAGCACUUCUCCUCUACAGCGAAUAAGACAGCUCCGUUAUGGUAGCAAAGGAUCCAGUUACUCUAGGGUUUUGCUCUUCAUGUGGUGCAAAGAAUGUGUUAUGAAUCUGUGCUAUCAGCCUUGCUUUCUUAACUUCUUCAACAGCAAAUACAAUGUGUGCCCAAAGAUGGUAGAAUUAAAGAGUAAAAUGGCUGGUGAA